AUGAAGAUGAUGAUGUUGAUGGAUCAACACAGGGAUCAGCAAAAGAUAUCCAGAUUUCAACAGAUUCAAGUAAACAAACAUUAAAGAUAUUUGAUGGGAAUGAUGCAGUGAAACGCAAUCAAUUUCGACUGAUUUCAGUUCCAAGGAUUGCAAAAAAUGAAGAAGUUGUGGAGGCUGCUUUGAGGGCAUACUACAUAAAUGAUGACCAGCAGGAGUAUGAGCUUCAGACCUUUACGCAGCAGGCGCUGCUGUCUGAUGACGUUAUCAACAGGAACAAUGCUGCAGAGGACAGCAACUUGGGCUCGGUAUUCCGAGAAUCUGUUCCUGAAGCUUGGAUCAUCAGAGCCAAACCAAGGGACGAGGAAGUGAUCAGAAUUUAUCCUGCCUGGCUGAAGGUGGGAAUGGCUUAUGUUUCUCUGCGAGUAAAUAAGGAUAGCACUACGCAGACUGUGAUCAAAGAAGUGCUUCCAUUACUUGGAAGGCAGAUGGAGUGCCUCCAGAAUUUCAAAUUGGUGGAAAUGCUUAUGGGCAGUAAGCAAGUUCAGCGUAUGGUCUUGGACAAUCAAGAACUGAUUCUUAACAGACUCAAGGACAUAAGAAAGACUUCAAUACGUCAGAUGAAUCAAACAAGAUUUUACAUUGUGGAAAACAGUAAAUCGAUUGUACGAGUAAAUUUAUUUGUUGGUGGCCUUCCACCUCAGCUUUCCCCUGAAGAAUACACAAAUAUCCUCAAGGAUGAAUUGGCUAUCAAAACAAAUGUAGUCUCUGUGACUCAUGUUUAUCAAGCACAAGGUGCUGUUGUACUCGAAAUUUCCUGCUUUUCUGAAGCUGAAAGAAUAUAUAUGCUCGUUAAAGAUACAACUGUCAAUGACAAGCCUCUGCAUGCCGUGGUGAUUCCUGAAGUUAUGGCUUCCAAGAUACCACGGAACUGCUGCCCGCUUCUUGUAUUUGUGAAUCCAAAAAGUGGUGGUCUGAAAGGUCGGGAUCUGCUGUACAGUUUUAGAAAGCUGCUAAACCCACAUCAGGUCUUUGAACUUACCAAUGGUGGCCCACUGCCUGGGUUUCACACGUUCUCUAAAGUUCCCUCCUUUCGAGUGCUGGUAUGCGGAGGAGAUGGCACUGUCGGCUGGGUCCUUGGUGCACUGGAGGAGAUCAGGCACAAGCUGGUGUGCUCAGAGCCCUCGGUUGCCAUCUUACCUUUAGGAACAGGUAAUGACUUAGGGAGGGUCUUGCGCUGGGGAGCUGGCUACAGUGGAGAGGACCCCUACUCAAUUUUGGUGUCUGUGGAUGAGGCGGAUGACGUUCUUAUGGACCGCUGGACUAUCCUUUUGGAUGCAGAAGAGCCAGCUGAAGGUGCAGAGAAUGGCGUUGCAGAACCUGAGCCUCCAAAGAUUGUGCAGAUGAACAAUUACUGUGGUCUUGGCAUUGACGCAGAGUUGAGCUUGGACUUCCAUCAUGCUAGAGAAGAAGAACCAGGAAAAUUUAAUAGCAGGUUUCACAACAAAGGAGUUUACGUGAAAGUUGGGCUGCAGAAGAUAAGUCAUACCAGAAAUCUUCACAAAGACAUAAAGCUUCAAGUGGACCAGCACGAGGUGGAGUUACCAAGUAUAGAAGGACUCAUUUUUAUUAAUAUACCCAGCUGGGGGUCUGGAGCUGAUCUCUGGGGGUCUGAGAGCGAUAACCGCUUUGAGAAACCACGCAUCGAUGAUGGCCUGCUGGAAGUUGUUGGUGUGACUGGCGUUGUUCACAUGGGUCAAGUCCAAGGUGGUUUUCGAUCAGGAAUCCGCAUAGCCCAAGGCUCGUAUUUUCGUGUAACACUCCUAAAGCCAAUUCCAGUUCAAGUAGAUGGAGAGCCCUGGAUUCAGGCUCCUGGUCAGAUUAUUAUUUCUGCUGCAGGACCAAAGGUCCGUAUGUUGAAAAAAUCCAAGCAGAAACAGAAGAAAACUGGAAGCCUGAGAGAGAUGAGAGUGGAUAGCAUGUCAGUCUCUGAAGGAGGACGCUAAGUGGAGACCUGUGCUCAGAAGUGAUGCAGCACACCUACUGUAGAUACCAAGAUGGUUCAGUAAAACCGAGUGCAGGCAACUGGUGAAGAGGGUUACUUAUGAGCGUGCCUUUUGUUACAUUUUGAUAGUACUGGGCUCUACUUCGUCUUUCAAAGAUAGUGCCUCAUUGUUACAAAUAACUAUUACGUACCACUUGUCUCAUCUGAAAUGUUUACUUUGGGUUGCUUUUCCAUAAGCCAUUUCCCCGUUUUUCAUGUUUAUAGAAACUGAGGCCAAACACAGUUUCCAAGAUGCUAGAUUUCUGCAUCUACCUUCACAAAGACUCUUCCUCGCCUCCCAACUUUUUCUUAAAGAAAAUCAUUCCAUAGAUAAAUUUUGGUGCAUUGUUCC